GUUACGGAAGAGGGCAGAAGGCGAUACGCUCGCCUGUGCCUCCCAUGGCCCACCGCAGCAGCUCUCAUGCGGGAAAAGGGCUGCGCCAUGUUGCGAGAAAUCAAACUUUUGCUACAAAACUACCAACACCACAGAUGCAAAUCUCGAGGAGAUUCUAGGCGCUCCAUGUCUCUGCUUAUCCAAAUCUCUGUCUCGGUUUCAGUCCCGUUAGAUCGCAACUUCCUGGAGGAACAGCCCUGGAGACGUGAUCGGCCGCCCUACACCGUUCAGGUCUAGACUUCCCGCCUAGACCCUCUUCCACGCCCGCUAAACUCAUCACCCACGAGUGCUGCCUUCAGCUCAUCCUACCCGCACCGAAGCACGGUUGGACAAUCUGUUGUUCGCCAUAACAAUUUCGCCACUAUGUCAAGCUACAAUGAAUACGAUCGACUCAUUCAUCAGAUGCAAUCUUUUCGCGCAUCUGAUGAGGCCAGAGAGCAGUUUGUUACCGAAAUUCUAGCAAAGUAUCGGGAAUUGUCCGAAGAGCACGCCAACUUGAAGAAUGACUAUUUGAGUGAAAGAGAUAUCAGGAGGAAUUAUCAAAGGACUGUGGAUGAGAAGCAGGCUUUGGUGGGAGAUUACACACGUCAGCUGGAAGCAAGUUCAUUUGUGUUGGCACUAAUCGAUGGGGAUGGAGCUAUCUUUCAAGAUGCGUUACUCCAAGCCGCUGGUGGUGAUGGAGGUUCAGAAGCUGCGUCCCGUUUGUAUCAUGCAAUUCGCGACCAUGUUGCUUCGUUGUACAACAGCUCGGGCAGCUGGCCGGUUAUGGUUCAGGUCUAUCUAAGUCUCGAUAAGCUCGCGCAGAAGUUGGCGUCGGUCGGCCUUCUUCGAUCUCCUCAGGAUCUACGAGCUUUUGCGCAACGCUUCAGCGUCAAUCAGCCCUUAUUUAGUAUUAUCGACGUCGGUCACGGAAAGGAAAGAGCCGAUCACAAGAUUAAAGAAAUGCUUCGUACCUUUAGCGACAAUCCCACUUGCCGUCAUAUCGUCUUCGGUGGUUGCCAUGACGCAGGAUACUUACUAAACCUCGAACACUUCAAGCACGAUACCGCCAAAUCCAGUCGCAUCACACUCCUGGAGACUACACCUGCGUACCGCGGCUUCACGGAUUUAGCCAACUUCAAGCGCGCUCGUUUCGACGACGUCUUCAAGAGCGAGCCUCUGCCUGACUACCAACCUCCAGUGAACGGGUUCGGCCAAUUGGCUGUACAGUCGCCGGUACAGGCCGUAGUACAACCACUCCCACGUUCCGUCACAAACAACACCAACACAUCAUCACCUACAUUCACUCCGAGAGCCUCAGUCGCGUCUCCAUCACCUAGCGUAACUCCUAUCUCAGCUGCCGCACCUGGCGAGUCGAAUGGUGACUCUUCCUGGGCCACCGUUGGUAAAGCCGGUGCUCCUGAAAACGGCAGCAUUUCUAUCGCACCUACUACGGCCGCUACUAAGAAAAACAUUAAGAAGAAAUACGCUUAUUACAACAAAGCUGGUCAGAGAUUGGAUGAGCCAUUGCCAUCGAAAGAUCCUGCUGCCGCAGCUUCGCUCGAAGCACGCAUGAAGAAAGUCGGCAAGAAGAUGUGCAAUCAUUGGCAUCUUGGUGGCUACUGCGAGAAUGGAAAAUUCUGCAACUUCCAACACGAGCCGAAGCUUACACCCGCCGAGCUGAAUGCCUUGCGCUAUAAGACACGUAGUCUGGCUUGCAAGAACAAAGGCUGCGAGAACAUUGACUGUUAUUUGGGUCACCAAUGCGCUCUUGAGCGCGACCAUGGAUACUGUUCGUUCCCAGAAAACUGCCAUCUCCGUGCUACGCAUGGUAUGGACAAGGUCAAAUACGUCAGGUACGACAAGGACGACAAUGCAGAUUAUGCUCCUUAGUUAAGUGAGAUGGACAAGUAUGAUGGAUCAAGGUAUCAGUUCACCUUGAAUUCAUCUCGGCCAUGGAGGUCUCGGUACGGCCAUGUUGUCUAGAUAGUAUAAAAUUGGUAAUCAUUUCUCGCCUUCA